AUGGUCCACGGUGCUCCUUUUUGGUGGGAGUUGGAGAGCAGUUACGCCGCUGCGGGACAGGCAAGUCGAGUUCAGCUCGAUGGGAAAAGGAUCGGGCAGCUGUCCGGGCAGCGAGCUCCAACCUGCGCCUGGGUUGAAGUUGUGGGCCCCUGGAUCGUGCAGGGGAGUGGGCCGCGCUCCAAGACGCGGCCCACUGGCCCAGAGAAAUACGACUUUGUGGAACUUUUGGACGGCAGCCGGCUCAUCGCCAAAGAGCACAGGUCAUCAGGAGAAGCAGACCUCAGGACACGCCUGGAACACCCGGUCAGUCUGCACCAGGCCGGCUUCAUCCAGUACCUGGACCAGGGAGUGUGGCAUCUGGCAUUCUACAACGAUGGAAAGAGCGCUGAGCAAGUUUCCUACAACACCAUCAUCCAGGAGUCUGUCACAGAGUGCACACACAAUUGUUACGGGAACGGGGAGUGUGUGGCCGGCUCAUGCCACUGCUUCCCCGGCUUCAUUGGCCCCUACUGCUCCAGAGCCGCCUGUCCGAUCCUGUGUAGUGGUAACGGCCAGUACACCAGGGGGCGCUGUCAGUGCUACAGUGGCUGGAAGGGCACAGAGUGUGACGUGCCGCUGUCCCAGUGUGUGGACCCGAUGUGCGGCGGCCACGGCCUUUGUGUGUCCGGGAACUGUGUGUGUAACAGUGGACACAAGGGUGCGAGCUGCGAGCAAGUGGACUGCUUGGACCCGUCCUGCUCCGGACAUGGGGCCUGUCAUCACGGCGAGUGCCACUGUAACCCUGGCUGGGGAGGACUGAGCUGCGAGGUCCUGAAGAGCACGUGUCCUGAGCAGUGCUCCAACCACGGAACCUUCAGCACCGACAGCGGCACCUGUGUGUGUGAAAGCAACUGGACCGGGACCGACUGCUCCAUCGAGGUGUGCGUGGUGGACUGCGGCCCGCGUGGCUCCUGCAUCAGCGGCGUGUGCCAGUGCGAGGAGGGCUGGGCGGGACCCGAGUGCGAGCUGAGAGACUGUCACCCACGAUGCAUUGACCAUGGAGUGUGCCGCGAGGGCAAGUGUGACUGCCACCAGGGCUGGACCGGGGAGCACUGCACCAUCGGAGCGGUCAAGAUAGGAUAUAAAGACGGCUGCCCGGGGCUGUGCAACAACAACGGGAGGUGUGUCCUGGACCAGAACGUGUGGCACUGCAUCUGCCAGUCAGGCUGGAGGGGUCUGGGCUGCGACGUAGCUACGGAGACACUCUGCUCCGAUGGGAAGGAUAACGAGGGCGAUGGCCUGGUGGACUGCAUGGACCCAGACUGCUGCUCUCAGAUGGCUUGUCAGGGGCAGCCAUACUGCCGCGGCUCGCCGGACCCCUCUAUUAUGGCGGCACAGCUCCAGAGCUCCGCCUCCUCACUACUACCCGCCUCCAAGGGCUUCUAUGAGCGUGUGAGCUUCCUCAUCGGCCCUGGAGGAAGCCAUGUUAUCAGCUUCGACAACCCCUUUAAUGCCAGCCUGGCGUCGGUCAUCAGGGGUCAGGUUCUCACUGGAGAUGGGACGCCGCUUAUCGGAGUCAACGUGUCUUUUCUACAUUAUCCUGAGUAUGGAUACACAAUCACCCGGCAGGACGGCAUGUUCGACCUUGUGGCGAACGGCGGCGCCUCCCUGACGCUGAGUUAUGAGCGCGCUCCAUUCCCCGGGGCGCGGCGCACUGUGUGGUUGCCCUGGGGCGUGUUUCAUGUGAUGGACACAGUGGUGAUGAAGAGGGAGGCCAACGACAUCCCCAGCUGCUACCUCACUGGGCUGCUCCGCCCGAACCCGCUCAUCUUGGCUACGCCGCUGUCCACGCUGUAUAAGACGUCUGAAGAAGACAGCCCCAUCAUCCCUGAGACACAGGUGUUGCACGAGCAGGUGGCUAUCCCGGGCAGUGAGCUGAACCUGGUCUACCUGAGUUCCAGAGCUCCAGGUUACAAACCCAUCCUCAAAGUGCUGCUAACCCAGGAGAAACUGCCCUUUGGCCUGAUGAAGGUGCACCUGAUGGUGGCUGUGAUGGGCCGACAGUUCCAGAAAUCCUUCCCCGCUUUCCCUGACCUCUCCUAUACUUUCAUCUGGGACAAGACGGACGCGUAUGGACAGAAGGUGUACGGACUGGCGCAGGCUGUGGUGUCUGUGGGAUACGAGUACGAGUCAUGUCUGGACGUGGUGCUAUGGGAGAAGAGGACGGCCGUGCUGCAGGGAUAUGAGCUGGAUGCCGCUAACAUGGGCGGAUGGAUGCUGGACAAGCACCACAUGCUGGACAUUCAGAACGGUAAGAGGAAUGACAAUUGCUGA